CCAUCAUUCGAGCUAAUUUACACAUUAUUUCCAUUCUUACAUACUGCUGCUCCUUGCUCUCCCUGCUCAUCCCAUCCAUCCCAUUGACUCAUGAUAUAGACGCAGCUCAUCCCAUCCCAUCCCAUCUAAUUCUCUCUGUCAUUCUCAGUACCCCCCCCCAUAAACCCCCACCUUGCAGCGAUGUCGACAGCUGGCUCUGGACAAAACGCUGGCAAUGAGUCAGCUGGAAGUGCAUCAGGGACUGUUUUGAAAAAGACCUUUCCGCAUGUUGAUCUAGAUGGACACAAUCUGCCUCCUUCCCCAGCUCCCUCCAGUCCGCAUUCUGGUCGCCGAUAUGCGAUUGCUACCGAAUUGGUUUAUACGGAGGGUAGUGAUCAGUAUAAUGCUAGUAGUGUGCCUAUUUACCAGAGUGCCACUUUUAAGCAGACUUCUGGAUCGGGCGGUGGUGAAUAUGACUACACGCGUUCCGGCAAUCCGACCCGAACUCACCUUGAACGACAUCUCGCCAAGAUUAUGUCCGCACAACGAGCUCUGGUGGUUUCUUCGGGAAUGGCGGCUCUAGAUGUCAUCACACGGCUGUUACGCCCAGGCGAUGAGGUCGUUACUGGUGAUGAUUUGUAUGGAGGCACAAACCGGCUUUUGAAAUACCUCGGAACGCACGGCGGCAUUAUCGUACACCAUGUCGAUACUACAACCCCCGAGAACGUCGAAACGGUCAUCAGCUCCAAGACUGCCAUGGUUCUCCUCGAGACCCCCACCAACCCGUUGAUCAAAGUUGUUGAUAUCCCGAAAAUCGCCACCAUCGCGCAUAAGGAGAAUCCGAACUGUAUCGUUGCCGUUGAUAAUACUAUGAUGUCUCCUUUGCUGUUGAAUCCACUGGAAUUGGGCGCGGAUGUUGUUUAUGAGAGUGGCACUAAAUACCUUUCCGGUCAUCAUGACUUGAUGGCCGGGGUUAUCGCCGUCAAUGACACUAGCCUGGGCGAGCGUCUGUACUUCCCGAUUAAUGCAUCCGGGUGUGGGUUAUCGCCAUUCGACUCGUGGCUACUAAUGCGCGGCGUCAAAACACUCAAAGUACGCAUGGAGCAGCAGCAGUCCAACGCCCAGCUCAUUGCCGAGUUCCUCGAGUCGCAUGGGUUCAAAGUCCGCUACCCUGGUCUUCGAUCGCAUCCGCAGUAUGACUUGCACCAUUCCAUGGCUCGCGGCUCCGGCGCCGUUCUAUCUUUUGAAACCGGCGAUGUCGGUCUCAGCGAGAGAAUCGUCGAAAGCGCCAAACUCUGGGCUAUUAGCGUCAGUUUCGGCUGCGUCAACAGUUUGAUCAGCAUGCCCUGCCGUAUGAGUCACGCCAGCAUCGAUGCGAAGACGCGACAGGAGCGAGCUAUGCCGGAGGAUCUCAUCCGGCUCUGUGUCGGUAUUGAAGACCCAAAUGACCUGAUUGAUGAUCUGCGACGAGCUUUGGUUCAAGCUGGCGCCGUCAAUGUCUCGCUGGACGACUUCCAGGCCGUCCACCCUACCAACGCGGCGACUACAAACUAAUAAAAUUCAACACGACAUGAUUCCUUUUGAUGUUACGAAAUUUGCAAUACUUUGAGCGGCGUUUUGAUUGGUUGUGUGGAAAAAGUACAGAUUCAUCUAUGUGAUGUUAUUCGUAUCAAUGCGUUAGACAUUGGUAUUGUAAAUGUAGUCAGUCCACAACUUCGGCUGUGAUGUCUCGGAUAUUCAGUAUUCAGUAUUUAUUAUCUAGCAUUCUAUAUUCACAGCGACUUCUUACUACAGUACGAUGUGACUGGGUGAUUGUCAGUAUCAUGUCCGUGGCGCUUCCGGAGUUCUCCAUUUUUCUCCGACUCCCUCCAAGCCAGAAUGAGGCUUAUCCCGUCCUGGCGUAGCCCGAUCAGCCACCGGCCGCAAACCCGGCUCGCCGGCGCCGAUGACGGGGAAUGGGCCGUCAAUGAGAUAAGACUGCUCUCUGCUGAGU